AGGAUACAGUGUCAAACUUAACAGAAGACAAUGAGGUCACGGAAGAAGGAAGAGGAAAGAAGAAGAAAGCUGCCAAAAUCUUCGGACCAUUGAUCGCUGCUGUGAUGUUAAAGAUGAUGGCUAUACUACCUUUGGCGAUAGGAGCAAUCGCUUUGAUAGCAGGAAAGGCGUUGCUAAUUGGAAAACUGGCGCUAGUCUUGUCUGCAGUGAUAGGAUUGAAGAAAUUAUUGUCACAACAGAAGCAUGUCACUUACGAGGUGAUCGCUCAUCCACAUCAUACAUCCAGUCAUACAUCAAGUCAUGAUUACGGUGGUACAAGUGGCUACGGAGGUGAUGCGGGUGGUUACAGUAGCGGUGGAGGUCACUCAAGCGGAUGGGGACGUUCCAUAGAAUCGCAAAGCUUGGCAUAUUCCGCACAGAAACCUCAAUAGAUCGCCCCAGUUCAUUGACCUCGUUCCCGUGAUGUUUUCUCUGUGACCGCUUGAUGUUGAAUUAUUUAUUACUUGUCGUGUGAAUGUGAAGGAUACGUUUAUAUUUAUUUUGACUGAUUAUUUAAGCUUUUAACUAUCUGCCAUUUGCAAAAGUCACUUCUUCUUGGUAUGCCUUAUAGGCAUUUUGUAACUAUGUUUUAUGUACAAUAUUUAUAAGUAUUAUUUAUGUAUUAUAUGCCUAAGAUUUUGUACAAUUAUUUAAUAUAAUAAUGUUUAAUUGUUUAUUAUAGUAUUAGCAACGUAUAUAUGGUUGUCUGAACCAGUACUUGGCUUUAAUUUUUUAAGUACAAUUUAAGUUUAAAGCAAGCUUAAGCUAAAAUUAUUAAUAUCUGUUUCUAAUAUACCUUUUCCCACGGGUUGUAUUUUCAAAGAUUUUUUUUCUUUAUUUGUACUUUUUUUAUUAUAAGUUUGUUGCAUUAUUUAAUAUUAUUAAAUUGUUUCAUUAUUUUUAUGUUGUACAAAUUUAUGUUAUUAAAUUAUUAAUUUAUGUUAUGCAUUUUUUAUUUAAUU